AUGCACUGGAAGAAACACUCAGACGGUCUUUGUAUCGUUGGACUCGGAGGAGCAGGUGGCUGCAUUCAACAGAGCUACCCAAACCCCAGAACGGUCUUCACUCCCCGGAACCCUGGUCGACUCAGCACCCUCAACAACAGCCAGCGACUCUUCAUAACUCCAACCCCGACCAGGAAGCGAUCUCAAACCCAUCCAAAGUCUGCCCCAAGUAGCAGUCUGCCAGAAAUUUUAAGAGACAGGCAGCAAGCCGAAAUCGGGAUCCACGGCACUGCCAAGGCGCUCCACCACAACUACACAAGCCCUGUGGAAGUGGUCGCAUCAACCGCAGCAGGAGCAUGCCCAGAGUGGGUUGCUACGUAUAGGAUGAACUCUCAUGAGCCCAAAACAAACAAACCUGAGAAGGUUUCGUCAUCGCCGAGGUGUUUUUAUACGCGAGAAACUGGACAGCCGGCACUACGGACGCGGUCGGCGGCACCUAGUGUCACUUCUUUAGGCGACCUCAGCGUGACCUCAGUCAGUCUGUCGUUACGGAGUGGAUCGCGAAGGAGUGGUUUAGAUGCCGGUAAUAGCUCCACUGAUGGUGAGAAUCCACCAAAUGCAACUGACGAGAAAGGAACCCCGCAGCGCGAGAAGACGGAACGGGGGUCGCCCAGGCGAUCGCCCGGUACCGUCCACUCCAAGUUGUUCCGCAUGUCACCGUCCUCUCUCGAACAGUGCGAGUCCCCAUCCGUCCAGACAAUAGACCUCGAAAAGGGUAACAUUCAGUCAUUCAAGAAGCUCCUUGUCUUGACGCACCUUCCGAAUACAUCGAAACCCGGCAAAUCGAAAACAAACAGUGAUCCCAGUAUCACUAUUAGUGACUCCCCUGUGACAUCAUUAUCAUCGUCAUCCAAUGAGAGUAGCAGUCACCGAGACCGGAACAUGGUGAUGGACUUGCACCAGUUGUCUCGCCAGCACGCAUCGAGACGAAACAGCAAUCCAUCUGCUGUCGAUACUCCAACACUCGAACCGGAAUCCGGACGGACGAUAACCGAGGAUCGACCCUCGGAUAAGGGUAUGGUGAACCAGUGGUUGGUGACAUGUCCGGCACAGGUGUGGAAUCGACCCGAGACGGACUCGAUGAGGAGGCAAAUUGUGCUCAGUGUACCGAGUAUCGAAGAGGAAGCAGAAACGUAG